CUUAAGCUGACUCUUCAUAUGCUCUAGUUUUGUGGUCGACUAUUUACCAGUAACCACUGCCAGUCUGCUAAGAAAAGUAAUUCUUUGCUGCAUAGUGCAUACAACCUGUUCGAUGAAAUGCCACAGUGAGCUUCAAACAUUACCACCCCCAUAAUGCACCGCCAAAUUUGUGCAGAAAAUUGGAAAUUCGAGAGGAUCUGAUAGCUUCAAUCUACUCUUUCCUGGUAUGAGCUUCAUAGAUCUAAAUUACUGCAGUUUUAAUCAAAAACCCAUUUGUUUGUCUUCCAAUUUUUAAGCUUUUCUAUAUUGUAGAGAAUUUGGUCAUUUAAACAUUGGAGUUUGUAACAAUUGAGCUACAAUGAAGAAAGAAGAAUUCAAUAUGAAUCCAUCCCUUGUUGAGGAAAUCCCAUCCUCGAUUAUAUGGGAAAUUUUGUUAAAACUCCCAACAAAAGCAUGCUUAAAUUGUAAGCUUGUUUGCAAAAAUUGGUAUCACAUUAUCAUUAGUCCUGAAUUUGCUGAUUUACGCUCUUCGCAUUGCCCCUAUUUUACCAUAUUGCUGUAUGGUAAAGUCUACAAGAAGCGGAAAAAUUUUAUGCUGCUUGACUUAGAUAAGUCCGCAAAGAUUGAUGAGAUGGGUAAUCUUACUGUGAAUGCUAAUGCUUUGAUUAGGUUCAAAUCCAAAUUUGAAACCGCCCAUGAUAAACUUUAUGUGGUUAAUUCAUGCAAUGGGGUAAUUUGUUUGAAGUCUUGGGAGCAAUGGAGUCCUUACAUUAUAUGUAAUCUUCUAACUGGCCAACAGAUGAUUGUUGAGCAGUUUCGCAAACCAUCUUGUUCUGUUGAGGUUUAUGGGUUAGGUUGUUGUCCUGUGUCACACCAAUUCAAAGUUCUUAGAAUCCUCAAGACUAAGGAAAGUUAUAAGCAUGUAGCUGAAAUACAGACUCUCGGCACCAAUGAAUGGAGAACUCUUGGUGAUGCUCCACAUUUUCAGCUGAGGAGGAGUGGGGCGUUCCUUCAUGGAUCGCUUCAUAGGUACUCUUAUCGAGACAACUGUAUAUGGUCAUUCCAUUUUGGAAGUGAACAAUUUUUCGAUGUUCCAAUUCCAGAUACUAUGAAAAGAGAGCUCUACACAGAAGUUAGUGUUUUUAAUUCUAACCUUUGUUUUAGUUCGUUAUCUAACAAUUGUCAUCAAUGUGAAAUUUGGCUUAUGAAGGAAUAUUGUGUGAAAGAUUCUUGGGUGAAGCAAUUUACCUUCCAAAUUGAGUCUUUCGCUUAUCGUAUGCCUCUAUUGGAGAUGUCUUGUGGGAAAAUUCUAGUUUCUUAUAGUAAUAAUGUCCAUCUUGGAGUAUGUGAUACUGAAUCUGGAAAAUGUAAAAGAGUGCAGAUUCCUGGGGUUUCUUUUGACAAAGUGAUAGCCUGUGAUGCCAAAUUUUCAAAGUUCUAAAGAUUUUACCAUUUACCCAUUGGAUGCGAAGCUCAAGAAUCGUUAAUGAGCUAUUUACUUAGACCGUCAUGGAUUAUCGUCUGCUACCCCUCCUCGACAUCAUUCAUCAUGAAGCCUCUUUCUAUACUACAUGGUACAUUUUAACUCUUGACCUUUGAACGGUUUCUAACAGGCAGAUCAGUGGUUUGAUAAUUUGCUGUACAAAAGAGCAUACAUGUGCCAUCCUCAACUUAAUUUUAAGGCAUAUUCAACCGGCAAAUGCUACUACUGCACAAGACAAAGAGUCAGCAAAUGCACCGAGAUCUGUUGUGAAGGCUGGCAGAACCAUAUGAAUAGAAGCACACAAAGUUUGCUAGCUUAUCAAUUCAUGUCAAUGUCCUUUAGAGAUUCUUGGUUAUAAUUCAAAUUCUCCCUUUUCAUGUAUAACUAGUUUUUAGGCCCGGACAAUUUUCCGGGUAAUUAUAAUUUUCAUUUAUUAACAUUUUACUUCAUAAGUUUAACACCAAA